AUGGAUACCGUUUUCUUUGUUCUCUUCAUAUUAUGUUCAAGCGUGCUCGGUGCCAUAUACGAAAAAUUCGACGAUCUUCCCACUUCUAAUUUCGACUUCAUCAUCGUCGGAGGUGGAACUGCGGGGAAUGUUCUUGCGAACCGUUUGACAGAGAACGCCAAUAUAUCCGUACUCAUUCUUGAAGCUGGCGGAUCGACGGCUGAUGUUCUCCUCUCCGAGGUUCCCUUCUUUUGUGUCAACGCAACUCCUGGAACGCCCUGGGACUGGAACUUCACCACGACUGAACAGCCAGGAUUGAAUGGACGUUCUGUUUCGUUUCCCAGAGGAUUUGGAUUAGGAGGGAGUAGUGCAGUCAAUUAUAUGUUCUACACGCGUGGUUCAUUUCAGGAUUACGACCGUUAUGCCCAGAUCAGUGGCGACCCUGGUUGGGGAUGGGAGGCUUUGCAACCGUACAUUCGAAAGAAUGAACAUUUUGUGCCCCCCAGUGAUCACCACAACACUACCGGUCAGUUCGAUCCGGCGGUACACAGUUUCAAUGGCAUCAAUUCGGUGUCCCUCCCCGGGUACCCACGCGCUACAGAUGGCCGUGUCAUUCAAACUACAUCGGAGCUUUCCGAUGAUUUCCCGUUCAAUUUGGAUUACAAUUCGGGGUUCCAUCUAGGGGUUGGAUGGGCCCCAUAUACAAUCGGAAAUGGGACUCGAAGUAGCUCACAGACAUCCUAUCUUGGGACCAAGUUUAUCGGACGGCCAAAUUUGCAUGUCCUGACUAGUGUGCAUGUCACUCGAAUACUACAGUCAAACAUCACUUCGGAUAGCGGGCCGACGUUUGAUGCUGUCGAAUUUACUCAGGAUGCUGGAGGUGACAAGAUUUUCGAACUCAAAGAAGUAAUCCUCUCUGCCGGAUCCGUUGGCACCCCACACAUUCUCCUUCACUCUGGCGUCGGCGACGCCACCGAGCUGACAGCUCUGGGGAUCACACCAACGCUCCAUCUUCCCGACGUUGGGAAGAACUUGACAGACCAUACCUUAACGUCUGUCAACUUCUUCGUUAACGACACGGACACUAUAGAAAACAUCUAUCUCAGAAACUCGACUUUUCAAGCUGAGGCCCUGGCAGAGUGGCAAACGAAUCGAACGGGAUUUUUAUCGACGGGAAUAUCGAGUCAGGUAGGUUUCCUUCGGGUUCCUGAAGAUGCGAAUAUCUUGGAUGGAGAUCCGUGUGCGGGGAAUGAGACCGGGCAUUAUGAGUUAAUCUUUACGAACGGCAUCCCCUUCGCACCUGUUCCUGCAGGGAACUUUUUUUCCAUCGGGAUCGUGGGUAUUUGCCCUCUAUCACGCGGGAACAUCACUAUUAACAGUACGAAUCCUCUGGACCCGCCGCUGAUCAAUCCAAACUAUUUGUCAAAUCCGCAAGAUAUUGCCAUUAUGCAAUAUGCUGCUGAUAGCGCGAAGAAGUUUGUUACGGCUGCGGUGUGGGAUGGCUACAUACUUGGUCUCGUCGCAAACACCACCGAAAAUGAUAUUCGGAACGGGGUGGGUAGUAUAUUCCACCCUGUGGGUACUACAGCCAUGUCACCCGCUGAUGCAGAUUGGGGUGUGGUCAACCCAGAUUUGAAGCUGAAGGGCGCGAAGGGGGUAAGAAUUGUGGAUGCUUCGAUUUUGCCACUUGUACCAGCAGGGCAUACUCAGGUUCCGGUAUAUAUCUUCGCGGAGAGAGCCGCCGAUUUGAUCAAAGCAGAUAUAUAA